UGCAGUAGAAGCAGAAAUGCAAAACUUAUAAGAAAAAAAUUACCGUGAACAUUUGUAAGGCAUUUUUCGCGAAUUGUUGUUUCUCAUAAUGGAAAAAUACGAAACAUUAACAAUAUUACUUGAUAAUUUAUCAUCAACUUACGUAUUUACCUUAAUUUUGACAACUGCAACAAUUAUAUGCACAUUUAUCUGCUCAAAAUAUGUUAACUCUUGUCUACAAAAAAAAAAUGAUCAAAUGAAAACAACUGCAAAUGAUUUAAGAAAUGAAGACGAUGAACAGAACAGUAAUGAACUUUCAAAAGGGUUUUUGGGUCAAAUAAGGUCUGCAAAAUUAAGAAAGCUAGAAGAAUUGUUAACUGAAGAACAAAAGGUUGAAGAAAAGAAUAUAGAAAAAGAGCAACUGGCUGCUAUUUACAAAUUGCUAAAGGAACAGGAAUCUAUAUAUCAGACCAAAGAGCUUGACGAAAAUGCUUUAAAGGAACAACUAAAGUUAUACAGAUGAAGCAAUCAUAUUUAGCUGCACUUACAUUUAGUUUACUAUAAGUAAAGAGUUGUUAUGAAUCAGUGAUAAAAAUUGGAUUAGUUUAUGUUCUUAGACAAAAAUAAUAAAAUGUACAUACUUAUAUUAAUUUUUAAUUUAUAAGCACAAGCAAUAAAAUAUCUUAAUACAUAUGUA